AGAAAUUGACAGUACAAUCGCACUUCUCCCAGUGUCUCGUCACGGUAUUUUGUAAUUUUUCAAAGACUGUAAAUUGUACAAUUCGCCAAUGUUGCGUUAUAGUGGCGAAAAAGUGGCAAAACAUAAUCGGAAAACCCCCCCACACAAUUAGGAAAAAUUUGUUCUAGUUUGGAUAUGGAGAGAACAAAUAAUGCUAAAGCCUACUUUACGCAACAAUUUGGCAACACUCUCGACGAAAAGAAAUUCUAAAAAAUCAAGGCAGUAAAAUGGCCGACUAUUUCGAAGACAUGGGUCACGAACCGACAGGCGCCGACGGUCCUAAUGAUUUUGCCAAACAUUUCAAGCGCCUGCAAGUGUUGGCCAUCAUGAACGGCAUCGACAUGGAAAUCGAGGUGCCCGAGGCGUCUAAGCGCGCCAUUGCCGCACUGCCGGACCAUAUCAUUACCGCAACAGAUGUGGCGCAGGAACUUGAGUGCGCGGUUUGCAAGCAGCCAGCAGAGGUCGAUGAGAAGUACAAAAUUUUGCCAUGCAAGCACGAGUUUCACGAGGAGUGUGUGCUACUGUGGCUGAAAAAGGCCAACUCAUGUCCAAUGUGCCGUUACGAAUUGGAAACCGAUGAUCCAGUCUAUGAAGAGUUACGCGAGUUUCGCCAAGAUGAAUCCAAUCGUCGCGCUCGACAAGACUACAUGAUGGACUCAAUGUUUUCCUAAAUAAAUUAAAUCUUAAUUUUAGUAUUAUUGAAAUGGUGGCAGCGGGGAAAAGGAAUAUAUUUUCGGCGGACAAGGUUUUGAAACUUUCUAAAUAAAUUGCGUUUGAAAACAA